AUGAAACUAUACUUUAUUAUUCCAAGCAGGAUCCCACAGCUACCUCCAUCUCGGAAGGUGAGAGUGACAUCCGGGAGGGUGAGACUGUGGCAAUGAAUUACAAACCAUCCCCUCUGCAGAUGAAAAUCGAGAAACAAAGAGAGCUGGCCAGGAAGGGGUCAUUAAAGAAUGGCAAUGUCGGAAGUCCUGUCAACCAGCAACCAAAAAAGAAUAAUGUAAUGGCACGGACAAGGUUGGUUGUACCAAAUAAAGGAUAUUCCUCCCUAGAUCAAAGCCCGGAUGAAAAGCCUUUGGUUGCUCUGGACACCGAUAGUGAUGAUGACUUUGAUGUGUCACGGUAUUCUUCGUCAGGCUAUUCUUCAGCUGAGCAGAUUAACCAAGACUUGAAUAUCCAACUCCUAAAAGAUGGGUAUCGGUUAGAUGAGAUUCCGGAUGAUGAAGACUUGGAUCUUAUUCCCCCCAAAUCAGUGAACCCUACCUGCAUGUGCUGCCAGGCCACUUCCACCACCUGCAAUGUUCAAUAAUGUGACUGGCACGUUCCACUUUAAUCGUAAAAAUAACAGCCAUUGCUUCCUCCUAUGGUAGGACAUGCACUUUGUGUCCGUGUUUCAAAAAAGAGCAGACCAUCAUUUUGGCAUUCAUAAGUGGAUGUGAAUGCAGUGUUGAAUUUGUGUGUAAUAGAAGGUAACAAUUAAUCCUAAUGCUCGGCGGUAAUUGUAUCGUGUAACCCAGAUUAUAUUUGUUUUGUCCCUGCUUCAGGCCAAAGGUGGGGGGAGGGAAGAAAUGGAACAAUGCUGCAGCAUGAUUAAAAGCUCUGUCAAGAAUGGAAAGCAAAAUCCAACUGUUCUUGUGUCUACUAAAAUAACUUUGUUAUUUGAAGGGCAUUACUUCAUGCUUACCAUUCUAUUUGAAGCCAGUGAUAUUGAACUGAAAACUGGUCAACCUUUUUUUUAAACAAUCACAUUGCCUCUAUUUCAGGUUUAUGACUUUUACAUUAACAUUCAGAAUUCGAAAACAAUAGAUCUCAUUUGUUGAAGAUUUUACAAUGCUUUACCCGGGUUUUCAAGGGUAAAACCAGAAUUUUUUUUAUUUUUAUGGUGCACUCAUUUUUUUGACUGCUACUGUAAACAUUAAAUCAUAUUUGUUUUUAAACCUUUUUUUCCGCAAUAUAAUGAAAUAAUGGAGAUUUUAUUUCUGUUGGUGGGUCACUCAUUCACAGAAAAAUAUCAUGCAAGGAAGGUACAUGCAAAACACUUUAUAGGUGCAGGGGACAUAUAAUGUUAUAGAACAUAUUUGAUUUGUCAGCAGGAUAUUGGAGUGGAAGGCAGGUGGUUGUGCGUAAUGCUGUUUAGAGGUGACAAGUUGUAACAGCACCUGCCAAGCCAUGACCUCUGAGGACAAGAUAUUCAGGCGCAUGGGAACACUACGUGUAUGUUUACCUCCUAAUUACAUAUCGUUCUAACUCGAAAUGGGAUGGGGUGGAAUGUAUCACUGUUGUUUCAUCAGUAGGUCUAAAUCCUGGAACAACAUAUCUAGCAGCAUGUGAAACUACCUUCUCCACAAGGGCUACAGUGGCUCAUGAAGGUGGCCCAACACUUUUUCACAGGCAGGUAGCAAUGGGAAGUAAAUGAUGGCUUGUCAAUAAUGCCCAAAUCCCAAAAUUGAAUAAACUAAAAAAAAAGUUUUAGCCUUUCAGUUAAAAUUGUCGUGAUAAAAUCUGUUAAGUGAAUGAUUUAUUGCUGGUUUACUUGUAAAUAUAAAGAAAAAUGGGUAAAGGUGCAAAAGGCAGUGUAGAUACAGGAUUAGGGAAAUCAUGCUGGGGUGUAUUUUUUUUUAUUUCUGCAUGUAAGAAGAUAAUAAAAAUUACAGGGAUGGUUGGUUAUAGUUAUUUGCCAGUUACUUAAGCUUUUAUUUCUUAGAAUUCUGGGAAUAUUUACCUGGAAUCUGGUUUAGAUCUUGUAUUCCGGUUGUUUAUAACCAACAGUUCAGUGAUAAAGUAAGCUUGCACUAGGCUGGUUAGGUUCUAAUCAUUGCAGAAUAUGUUCAAGAUGGAUGAGUUGAAACAAAGGGCCUGUGCUUUAUGACUGUAAUUCUCUAUUGAGGAAAAAUGUAUAACUUGAAGGUUCCCAGUCUACUCUUGAAAAUGAGAUGUGCACAGAUGUAGGUUUGUGGCAGCUUUGUGGACUUUCAACGUGGUUUGGGUGAUAGAAGUCAUAUUCACUUAUUUAACAUGUUCCCUUACCAACCCACUUUAUUUGACCAGCCUGAACAAGUCCAAACGUUUGCAAUGAAAGUAAAUUAAAAUCUGUCCCGACAAGAUGAUCAUACAUCCCCGCUGUUAAAACUUUAGCGCUAUUCUGGUAUAAGUUUUAUGAACCAUGGCAUAAAAGGUAAAGAUUCCUAAUUUUACAUUUUACAAGAGUUUACAUUUCACAUUUCUUCAGUGCAGGUACUUCAAUCAGAAUAAGGAAUGACAUAUUUAAGCAGUGAACCUAGUCUAAAGUAUUUCUUAAAGCUCAUGGUUGCUAACCACUUUAAUAUAUUUAUGUAUAUGUACUUUAAAAAAACUAAGCGUUAAUAUAUUUUAUCCAUAUUGCCUCUGUAUUUUGAGUUGGACCAAAAUUAGAGGAAUAAUGUGCUCUGCCCAGCUUGGGUAGAUACUAGUGCAAAGAGAAAUUCUGAGUUGAUGUUAACACUAGAAUAAAGAAACUUUGAUACAUUUGAACUAAGGUUUUAUUAUAUGUAAGCCAAUACAAUUUGUCCAAAUUAUUAGGCAGUUUAGAGAAGUUAUCUAUAUUUUGGAUGUUGUCCCAGUGGAUCAAAUGGAGAUUAUUGAUAAAUGUCUUUCCCUCACCCCACCUCCCCCUUUCAAGAUAUUUCUGAGAAAUGAAUUAUGCUAAUUGUUUCAAUAUCACAAUGUUGUAUUGUAAAUGUUCUGGUAUGCACGUGUUCUGCGCUAAUAUUUCCAUGCAAACAGAUUUGUCUAAAUUAUUUGAUCUAUGCCUUCCAGGCAGCUGCUGCUCUUCAUUAAAGCUUCAGGUUAACAGAGCACCUUAUUCCAAUAAAUAUGAUCCUGUUGCACACACUCAUUUUAAUAUAUAAAUGUUCACUAUAUGUUGGAUUUUUGUUUAGUCUUGUGAUCUUAUUGAAAUAUCAAUUAAUAUUUGAGGAGCACUUUGUUUAUCUUUGCAAUGUAAAUUUGACCAUUUCAAAUUAAUCUUACCGUUAAGAAAUGUUCUAUUUUGUUGCAAAACAUAAAUGCACAUUGAAAAUCUGAAAUGACAGAAAUUCUGAAAAUGCAAGCCUUGUUAUUAACAGAUUAAUAUUUUAUAAUUAAGAGGCUUUCCCUAUCAGAUUAUCCUUUUCUCUUAAAAUUCAUAAAAAAUUGCAACAGAAUGGAAUAUUAGUCUUAUUGUGCAAAAUUAAAGUUUGUAAAACACUAAACUUGUGCUGUUAGAGAUGCAAGGAACUGCAGAUGCUAAAAUCUUGAGAAAAUCACUGUGAUGUUCAGGCUGUGGAGGGAAUGGACAGAUUAUGUUUUAGGUUGGAACCUGGCUUCAGACCUGUUGCCCUUUUUAUACAUCCAUUUUUACAUUGUCUUUUCAACUGCAUGUUCAUUUCCUUAUCUAUUAUCCUUAUCAAUGCUGCAGUGAAACAUUUUGAGUUCAAUAUUCUUUGUAUGAAAAUAAGUUUAAUUUUGCCAUAAUUCUCUUUGUGAUAUUCCAUCUGUAAGGCGAACUAUAGCCAUACAUGUGACAGACAUCAACGAGGUAUUGAUUAGUAUUAUUUAGUUGCCCUUUUAUAUUUAUUAUUUUUUAUGUGCAUUUCAGAUAUCUUUAAUUUUCAAAACCUGUUCUGGAAUCUGCUUUCCCAUUGUUUCCACAACAAGCGUUUUGUACAUAGUGCAUUAAAAUUAAUUAGUCAUAUUAUCUGCAUUCUAGUUCAUAAUGCUAACACAUCACUUUCUAAACUUUUUAAUAUAUGGAAACCUACUUUUUUCCCCCUCUGGCAAAGCUUUCACUUUUCAAGCAUCCUUCCUAUGUGCUGGAUAUACAGAAUUAAUGACAACAAAUUACCAUCUUAUUAAUACCAGCACUCUUGGUCUUCGCUAUAACUGCUUCACAUAGUUUCAUGCUUUAUCUAUUCUUCAGCAUGUUUAAACUUUAUGCUCCAGUCCCAAAUCUACUUUCUUUACUCCUUUUCUAUAUUGUUUUGUGCUCAUUAUACUUCAGUCCUUUAUUAAGUUGCUACCACUCAACCAUCAUUCCAGAUUUGAACUGUACUUUGGAUAAUUUCAUAGUUAUCUUCUGUGCUAAUUUCAACAUUCUCCAAGAGAUCUAUCAAAACGAUACAUCGUCCAGCCCUGUUCAAUUCUGUGUUCUCCUGUCUCUCAUGCUCUCCAAAAGGUUAAUUUACCCAAAUAAGUGUAUUGUCCAUUUCCCCGUCAAAGGUUUUGGUCACAUUCCCAUCCCCUAUUCACUGAUUUAUGUGGGUUCUCCAAUAUACCGUUUCAUCCUCAUUUUAUGAUUUAGUUAUUCCCAGGCACGUCAUAUCCUUGGGGCCUCUCUGCCCUCGAAUUGAUGCCUUGUUCCUUCGCCUUUGUCCCUUUGCCCACUUCUCAGUGAAAGCACCUUCAGCUACUCUGCCUGCAUGGGAAAUGUCCUUAUCUCCCUAACCUUCCCUUAUGACCAACAGAUGGAUCUACACUAGUCCCACCUGCCUGCGUUUGGUCCAUAUUCGUCUAAACCUAUCCUAUCCAUGCACCUGCAAAUAUUUAUUUAAUGUUGUGAUAAUACUUGCCUUAACCACCACCUCCGCCAGCUUGGUCUAUAUACCUCCCACCCUAUGUGUAAAAUAAAAUAGGUUACACCUCAUGCUCCUAUGAAAUCUCCUUUCUCCCCCCCCCCCCCCCCCCAGUCUUCUGGAUUAGGCAUGUUUCCACCCUUUUUUCUUUAAAAUAUUAAGUUGAACAUUCAACGGGAAAUUUGAAAUAAUUAAGUUGUUUCAAACCACAGACUUAUCUAUUUAAAAUAAAAGUGUGCAAUUCCUACAAUAUUGAAAAUAUGUGCAGGUUUAAAUAAAAUUCACAAUUUAAAAAUGUAUAACUAUGUACUCCCAAAUUUAAAAUCAUCAUUUUGUUUUUGGACUCUAAUGUUAACUAUGCUACUUCCAGAUUUACCAAAGGCAAGAAUAUGCAAAAUUAAAUCAGGUUAACAGGGGAAAUGUGUACCUUCCACAGAUUUUAGUGUGCAGGACCAUGAUUGGUUUUUUGUACCUGUUGUAAGACAACUCCACUAAACAUAGCAAAGUGCAAUAAUGUUCCAUGCUGUAAUUAAUACUCUUUGAUAUUUUAAUUUGAAAUUAUGUUAUAUCAUUUAAUUAAUGGACAAUUUAAUUGUGCCAAAAUUAAAGUUUCCAGUUACCCAACAAUCCUUCAGCAUGUGAAAGGGGG